AGCAAAUUUUAUAGAAUUGCAAAUUUGACAAUUAUCACUGAAUAAUGUGCAGCUUGUUUUAUGCUCGUUAUCAGAGCAAUAGCCUUUUGAAUUGUGAUUCAUUUAAAAAUGUCAUUCCCUGAAAUUUUCCAAUACUUUGUUGAGCUACAAGACUUUUUUGCAACAGCUGGUCAUACUCCAAACAACACAAACAGUUUGGAGUCUACAUGUCAUCCUGAGGAUCAUAUUUCCAUUAUUGCAGCAUUCUUAGUGCUUAUGGGCAAUGGUGUUCAACAAAAUGUUGCUGAAAGAACAUUAUGCAUCAUUCUCGAAGGAAUUUAUGAAUCUCUUAGGGAAAUGUUGGCUGAAAUAGUGCCUCAGGUAGAAGCUGAUAUACAAGUGCAUGGUAUAGGUACAUAUUCUGCAUCACAGAGAGGAAGGCUGAGGUACAACAUACCAGCUGCUCUGUUGAUUCACAUGCGGGACUUAGGAUUUAGCUGGAUGGCCAUAUCGCGAAUGUUGUCUGUAAACAUUCGAACACUGUACAACCACAGGAGACAACUUGGUUUAGUGGACUAUGGGAGUUUCACAAACAUUUCAAAUUAUGAUCUUGAUCAUCUUAUUACUGAGGUUCUUCAACAAACCCCUGGAUCGGGAGAGACCUACAUCACUGGUAGUUUGAGAGGAAGAGGGAUCAGAGUUCAGCGAUGGCGAGUGCGAGAGCGUUUAAGAAUAGUGGAUCCAGUGGGAAGAGCCUUAAGAGGACGAAGGGCUAUUCAACGGAGGGUCUACAAUGUCUCUGUCCCAAAUCAACUGUG